CCGUACAAGACCUUCAUGUGAAGGAGGCUCAAGUCCUGUUGCAUAAGCAUUCCUUUCCCUCUGCCAGUGAUUCUUUAACGGGCAGGGUUCACCAUCAUCUCAUUAACCGUAGUUAUUUUAGGUGUCAACUUCAUUUUAGUUGAAUCUGGAUAUAAUAGGUUUAGACACUCAGCAUUCAGUCCAUCCCUGCGGAGCACCAGUGUGGAUUUGUAAAGGCUACUGUUCACCUCAUCGCCAAAGUACACCUGCACCGUAACCCAUCGGAAAGGGCCGACUGCCUGGCAACGGGACAGAGACUGCUUUCUAUCCCUGCAGGACAGCAGCUAUGGGUAACAAUCACACAAGUUUGGAUGACAUCCUUGCUGAAGAUAUGCACCACUGGUAUAACAAAUUCAUGAAGGAGUCUCCAUCAGGCCUGAUAACGCUGUUUGAACUCAAGUCCAUUCUCAGCUUGCAGGGUAUGAGCGAGGAUGCAAAUAGUUACGUGGACCAGGUCUUCUUCACAUUCGACAUGGAUGGGGAUGGGUAUAUAGAUUUUGUAGAAUAUAUUGCUGCCAUUAGCCUUAUGCUCAAGGGGGAAAUCAACCAGAAACUAAAGUGGUACUUCAAACUUUUUGACCAGGAUGGCAAUGGGAAAAUUGACAAGGAUGAAUUGGAGACAAUAUUCACGGCAAUACAAGACAUCACAAGAAACCGUGACAUUGUGCCAGAAGAGGUGGUGACACUUAUUUAUGAAAAGAUUGAUGUAAAUGGAGAAGGUGAACUGACGCUGGAGGAGUUCAUUGAAGGAGCAAAAGGACAUCCAGAUAUUAUGGAAAUGUUAAAGAAAUUGAUGGACCUUACACCAGUUUUAGGUAUUAUUGUUGAUGGUCGACGGAAACCGAGCAUUGAAAGUUAGGUUCGGCUAAACGGCAUGCUAGAGACAAAAUUCAAGAAACUGAAAUCCCGCCCUGAGAACUAAUUCAUAAGACGUUGAGGUUCAGUCAUCUCUCUAAGUAUCAGAUGUACCUCCUCGCGACACGUGUGAUCCUCAGAAGGAAAUUCUGCAAAGAAUUUAGCUAACUGCUAAAUCCUCCACAGAGGAGAUGUAAAGCCUUGUGUGUGUCGGAGUGUCCAGAGCCAAUCACUGAUCCUCUAAUGCUAUGAGUGCAGAGGAACAAAGAACUGUUGGCAGGACUUGGGGAUGAAAAACAUUGUGCUUUUUAAGGAAAAGCUCAGUAUAGAAUGCUGAGGAUAUGAAUAGUGACUUUUAUUGGUAAGCACAUUUGUAAUCCAUCCUGUAAUUAAACCUAUUAAGUUUUACUAUCAAGAUGUUUUUUACAUAAAAUCAUCCUACAUAAUGUACAUUCUGUGAAAAUAUCUUUCAUAUUGACUAAGGUCAUGUCAAAGAUUGAAAUCAAACUUUGAUGCUCCUAAUCUCAUAAUCACCAUAGCCCGGAUUUCACUGACAGGGUAACAUAUGGUCCCACUAUAUUGCUCUGUAUGUGAAUUGGGAGACAAAAUAUUGCUUUUGUAUUCUGAAUUCUCUCUUUGCGAUGAAUUAAAUGAGGUCACACCAAAAAUACAGCACUUAUACCAGAAAAAUCUUACAUUUACAAAGUGACACUAUUCAAAAAUACAUAAAAUGCACUGCUUAUUUAGACCAAGAAACAUUUAUGUCUUCAGCUACUAGCAACUUAAAGGAACACACCACCGUUUUUCAAUAUUUUACUAUGUUCUUACCUCAACUUAGACAAAUUAGAAUCUUUUUUCAAUGCGUGCACUUUUAAUCUUUGUACAGCGCCUUAAAAAUGUGUCACCAUGGAGCCUAGCCCCAUUCAUUCAUAUGGCUCCAAACAGGGAUGAAUUUAGAAGCCACCAAACACUUCCAUGUUUUUUCGAUUUAAAGACUGUUACAUGAGUAGUUUCACGAGUAAGUAUGGUGGCACAAAAUAAAACUUUUGUUUGGAGCCAUAGGAAUGAAUGGGGCUAGGCUAAAUGCUAACACAUUCACGAAGCGCUGAACAAAGAUUAAAAGUGCACGCAUUGAAAAAGAUUGGUAUGUAUUAAUUCAUCUAAGUUGAGGUAAGAACAUAGUAAAAUAUUGAAAAAUGGUGCUGUUUCCUUUAACCAAACCCAUGUAGACAUUUAGGGCCAGAGCAGUGAUGUGCAAGGACCCUAUUGUUCUUAAAGGACUUGUUGUUGUUGUUAUUAUUAUUAUUAUUAUUAAGUGUAUAUUUCUGUGACUUGACUGUUUAGAGGUUGGCACUUGUGAAACAGCCUUAAACAAUUCGCUCGGCCAAAAACACAAGUUACAAAAAAUAAAUGUUACAACUCAAUAUGUAACCAGAUAUGGAUAUAUUGAGAUCUCUCGAACAGUCACUGUACUCUGACAUACAGUACACCACUGAGAACAUCUGCCAGAAAAGUGUAAAUGGUUUUAAAUGAUCAAUUCAAAGAUUUGCUAAUGAGAUUAUCAGUUUCAAACCCCACAAUCUAUAGGUUAGACUCCGCU